CUUGCUUUCCGCCCAAGCAAAAAUUAAUUAAAAUAGAAAUUGAGAGAGAGAAAAAAAAUCAAGCGAAAGAGAGAGGAAGAGAGAGAAGAGAGCAGAGCAGCGUAUCCAUCACCAGGGAGGUUUCCGCCGACUUAAAUUUCCGCUACCGUCAACGGAGUCGGAAUCUUCCUCUUUAUCUUUCUUUUUUUUUUAUAUUACCGCCUCUCUCUUCUUAGAAGCGGACAAGCGGCGUCGUUUCAUCCCCUAUACCCUCUCCGCUUCAUACUGUUCCGUCCUCCACCUCUCCCUCUCUCUCCGCCUUUUAAUAUUAGGGUUUUUAUCGCCUAAUCGGAACGUCGGCGGAGCAGAAGAAGCACUCCUCGUCCGUCCAAAUCGAUCCUCCACCAUCCCCUUAUCGGCCCGGAUCAUAUGAUGUAUCAUCGACGGUGUGCAGAGCUAACUCUAGGUUUGUGAGAUAAAUAAGGGAGUUGGCUUACUUCCAGAGAAAGUGUUGAUUGUUCAUAUUAGCAGAGGAUGGACAUGUACAUGAUCAGCUUUAGUUGCAGUGUUAGGUUUCCCCAAAUGGCUCUGAUUGCAUCCUGACUUUCAAACUGGUGGUUGGGGGACAGAGUUGUUGCUUUACUGUAAAUCGAAACUUUUGUACUUCAGGGUUUUAUUAGUGAUAGAUUUAGUAGCUAGACAUGGAAACGAAGUUCGGAAAGGUAUUGGAUAGAAGAAGCAAGGUUAUGCUCGGCUUAAAGAGAAAGCGUGCAUCCCGCUGUGCAGCUAAUUUCGCCAGAGCUUCCCAAACAGUGUUGGCUGACUGUCCUAUGCUGGGAAAACGAAGGAGAGUUAGUGAUUGCUUGGACAAGCCUGCGAGCUGUGGCUUACCUUGCAAGAAAUCCAUACUCCAGCGUUAUUCAAAUUUUUCGAGGACUGGAGUGCCGGCACGUCUUAUGUAUUUUCAGAAUGGUGAAUGGACCGACUUCUCAGAAGAUCUUGUUGCCUUGGUAAGAAAGGAUCUUCAGAUAAAGAAGGCUGUUGUUGAAGUUGAGUUGGAGGGGCGCCAUUAUAUGCUAGAUUUCUUGCAUAUGUGUCAACUUGAUUUGAAGACAGGCUCUCAACUACCAAUUGCUUGGAUUGAUGAAGCUGGUGCCUGCUUCUUUCCGGAAAUAUAUGCCGAUGAUGACGAAUUAAGUAGUGAGGAUUGUGGAAAAGAUCAGUAUGGGCCUCAUGAGAUUAAGCUGCAACUUGAGAUUGAUAUAAAUGGAGUGGACCAGCAGACUAAGUUGGAGUGUAGCGGGGAAUCAAAUGCUCUUGUGAAGCACAUCCAAGUUGCUCCCAAACCUGGGAGCAAUCAUUACGUUGUUGAAGUUGAAGAUAGUUGCAACCGGAAGUCUGUUGAAGCUGUCCAGGAAAACCAACUAAUUAAACCACCAUCUGUUUACAAAACUCCAUCUGUUGAUGUGAAAUUUGAUUCAGAUACUAUGCAGAAGAUUUUUAUUGGAGGCAUGAAAUGUUUUCAAGAAGCUGAGGUGCUUAACGUUUUACCCUGCUCGAGCACUUUUUUACAAGACCGGUUAGCAAUUUUUGAGAAACAAAUGGAGCUCACAGGGAAGUGCCGUGGUGAUGCAAAUGUUCGAUAUGCUUGGCUUGCUUCUUCCAAGGCAGCAUUGCCUAUGCUUAUGACAUACGGACUUGGUCAUUGCCGACCUUCUGCCACAAAGUUCAGAUAUGCAGUUGGCAUUCAUCUAUCUGCUGCAGAUCACUGCCACAUCAGUGCCAGUGAUUGUGAUGUUGACGAAAAUGGCACUCGGCAUAUUGUAUUUUGUCGUGUGAUAAUGGGAAAUAUGGAGCCUCUUCAGCAUGGGACUCGGCAGUUCCAUCCCAGUAGUGAGGUCUUUGAUAAUGGAGUGGACGAUCUUCAAAAUCCAAGACAGUAUGUAGUUUGGAAUAUGAAUGUUAACACCCACAUUUUCCCGGAAUAUGUUGUUAGUUUCAAGGUCUCUUCCAGUGGUGAAGGUGAUGCCCUAUUUCCUUUUUCCCUUAUAUACUUCUUUCUACAUGUUUUUCGUGUGUGUGGUGGUACCAGCUGCUUUUGCACUCUUGAGUUGACGUCUCAUUAAUUUUUUGCCGAUCCAUCAUUGAUCAUUGUGGAUCCUUCUUGGCCUAUGAGCUGAAAUGGGAAUCAUCAAAGACCACUGUGCACUGUUCUGGAAUGCCGAGAACUUGGUGUCCGUGGUAUAGAAGGCAGAUUCUGUUGCAUGAUGCGUGGACAACUCUUGGUUGUGCUUUAUUACACCUGAGAUCAAAAUCUUCAAGAGUAUCUGGGUCUUGCGAAUGGGAGUGAGAGUAAGUGUGCUGCUUCAGGUAUCACCAGUGCUACAAACACAGUUCAGGGGAGUAUCCUGAUGAAGUCUCAUCAUGUGGAUCUUAAUUUACCUGUACAGUCCCCUGCUGUGGAUCUUAAUUUGGCCCCUGCAUCUGAUGAGGUCAGUGAAAGUAGACCGCUUUCUGACUCUGGGGCAUCUAUUGGACAAGCAAAUAGUCUGGGUUCAAGCAAUGGAAGGACUCAUAGUUCUCCUUGGAUGCCUUUCCCUAAGCUCUUUGCUGCUGUUUCUACUAAAAUUGCUAGGAGGGACAUGGAACUUGUUAUUAGUCAUUAUGAAGAAUUCCGGGCGAAAAGGACGAGCAGGGAAGACUUCGUUAGACAGUUGAGACUAAUUGUCGGGGACACUUUGCUAAAGACCACAAUAAUGAACCUGAACCGAAGUCAGGUGGUGUCCAAGCCAGAAGUUCGAAGCAACUAGGUGAAAGUCGCAGAAGCCAGAAGUGGUUGUGGUAGUGGCGUCAGCAAUCUUAAGCUCGCUCCCAGGGGAAUGCAUAUAUGCUCUCUUUCUGCUGUAUGGUUGGUAGUAUUUCUUCGGUUUGGUAAAAAGUUCGAACUUCAAAUACUUGGUCGAAAUGGUCCCUGGUAGUCUUGCAAUGUGUCGAUGUUAUCGUGAUAUUGUUUUAGAUUUGAUUCUGAAACAAGUUGGUAUUUUGGGAUGCUUAUUUCUUAGGAUUGCAGUUUUAGUUGAUCUGGGU